CGACAUUUGUCAGUCAAUUUGCGUCAUCUUGGUGGGCGAGGGAGUGUCGCGUGUUUGGUUCCCAGUGGCACCUCAAAACCUUUGAAAUGUCUGUUUUUCACGACGAAAUCGAAAUAGAGGAUUUUGAAUAUGACGAAGAUACAGAAACGUACUAUUACCCGUGUCCGUGCGGAGAUAGGUUCGCUAUUACCAAAGAAGAUUUGGAGAACGGGGAAGAAGUGGCGACGUGUCCAAGCUGUUCCCUAAUAGUAAAAGUUAUCUAUGAUCAGGACGAUUUCAUGAGCGGAGAAGUUGUUGAAGCGCCUGCAACAGACAGGAGACUGGAGCUGACUCAGAGCUGAAGACUGUGAACUUGUCUCACUCUCUGGAAUCAAUUAACGUGCAACAAAAUGGACUUAUUUGUGGAUGUAUGCAGGCAGGUGAAGCCUACAAAGUGAGUUCAUUGCACAAGAACUCACAUGGACAUGGACUAUGGUUAACAGGACACUCAAAGGACUGUCGUUUUUGCACAAUAUAUAUAUUUUUAGAUUUGUGUUUUAAAGUUAUUUAUUUUUUUAAUGUAUACCUACCUACACGUACAGUUGUCAUUAUGGAUGCAUGCUCCAGUGACAACAUAAAGACAGUAGAGGGAGCCAGAUGAAAAGAGAUGUGGUGUUCACUUCUUGGACACCCCCAAGUGGUAAUACAAGGUGGAAUCAAACUGGUCCCAGUCUAGAUUUUUCCAGCAGGGAAGAUCAGUAAAUGACGGUCUGCUAUGAACAAUACAAAAGUGCAAGAUGAGAAUGGGUCUUUUUUCAUGUGACGACAGACGCUUUUGAACACUGUCGGAAGCAGUUAUAAGUGGCAUCCGAUGGCAUAGGCAUAUACAACAUAACCACCAAUGUGUUUUUGCCUUAAACCGGUUGUCCAAUAUACUUGCUUCACUUCGAAACAGAACUUGACUGAUGUGAUGGUGAAAAAAGCUUAUCACGGGGCCUGGGUAGAAUUGCAUUGUGACAGAUGUGGUAAUGUACUUUCACGGAGCAAUGUGUCAACACACCAUGGGAUGAACAGAAUAUAAGGAAACUCAAUACUGUAGUAAAAUUAAACAAUAUUAUGGCUUGAGAAUUUUCAA